GCUUGAGCCUUGAGGUAUACAAACACGACUUUAGCAGUAUAUUUGAGUUGUGACAAAUUAACUAGUUCCAUCGUCCAGUCUUUUCCCAAUCGCAAUUUAAAACACCACUUCAAAACCCUCACCCAAUCUAAAAAUAUAACACUCACACAUACUGCGUAUAUAUAAUUUUUCGAACCGUUGAAAUUGUCGGUGGCGAAAUGGCGUGGCUCCGAUCGGCGAUGAAUAAGGCGGUGGAGGUAGGGAAUAAGAGCAAUCUCACCCGCGCCAUGAAGAAUUACACCGAUUCCGUUGUUCACCAAGCCGGUCAAGCCGUUGCUGAGGGCGCUAAGCUUUUGCAAGAUCGUAUCGGAGCCAAGAGUUUUAAAAGUUUUAAGCAGACGGUUAAAAGAUUAGAAGAAGCUUCUGUAUCUUUUAGGGGCCAAGAAAGGACCCUGCUGAUAAAAAAAUGGUUGAUAGCUCUCAAAGAAACUGAGGAAUAUAAAGAAAGGAGUCUCGAACAGCAUCAACCUUCUGAUGAAGUGAAGGAAAAUCAGAAAAAACCGUCUAUAGUUUUAUAUUUUGACUAUGACAUGGGUGGUGAGCCACUGAAUUUUCGUGAUGUUUUUCUCUAUAGUCAAGCUUUGGAGGGAAUCACAAUAUCAAUGAUUCUUGAACCACCAAAUGAGGAAGAAGUUCCUCUACUCCUACUGCUCUUUGGGUUCUGUCUUACUGGUGGGAAAGAAUUUCAUCAUGCAAUAGUGAGCAGUAUUCAGGACCUGUCAAAUGCCUUUUCUAGCUACAAAGAUGAAGUGCUGGUCAAGCGGGAGGAACUUCUUCAGUUUGCACAAAGUGCUAUAUCAGGAUUAAAAAUGAAUGCCGAUAUUGGAAGGAUAGAUGCUGAAGCUUCUUUACUUAAGAAAAAGCUUGAUCAAAUAGUAGCAAGAUCAGAGGCUAAAGGUGAAAGCCAUGAAACAGCCUCUAAAGAAACAACUGUUUCUACAAUAGAGGAUCUGAAAGAAGCUCUUGCCCAUGUAAGAAUUUGCUCUAGAUUGGAAGGGCUUUUACUGAAGAAAAAAUCUCUUGCUAGUGGAGACUCCCCUGAGGUUCACACUCAAAAGGUUGAUAAGCUAAAACUUUUGUCCGAAUCUCUUGCUAGCUCCAAAACAAAGGCUGAGAAGCGCAUCACAGAACAAAGAGUGCAGAAAGAAGAGGCGUUGAAAUUUCGCGUUAUAAAAACAAGUGAAGUUGAUGAAAUAGAGAAGGAAAUAACUGCUGAAGUUGCUGAACUAGAGAAGCAGAGAGAUGAACUAGAAGCUGCAUUGAAGAAGGUCAACAUCUCACUGGCAGCUGCUAAUGCGCGGCUACACAAUGCAAGGGAAGAAAGGGACCAGUUUUAUGAGGCUAAUGAUCAGAUUGUUGCACACUUGAAAACUAAGGAAGACGAGCUGUCAAGAUCCGUGGGAUCAUGUGCAAAAGAAGCAGAUGUUCUUAGUACUUGGAUGAACUUCAUGGAAGAUACUUGGGCUUUGCAGUCCUCGACUACAGAAACCAAGGAAAAGGAGGUCAGGGUUGAACUGGAGAGGCACGAAAAUUAUUUUGUAAACUUGGUCAUCCAACUACUUUCUACGUAUAAGAAUGGUUUGAAGCCUUCAAUUGAUCGUAUUGAAAAGUUCGUUAAGAAUUUGAAGAGUUUAAAUGAAGGGUCAAGAGAGCCAUCCGCUGUUGAUUCCAAAGAAGUACACCCGAGGAAAAAUCUUGAGGAGGAAUAUCUCGACUAUGAAACUAAGAUUAUAACGACUUUUAGUGUAGUGGAUAAUAUUAAAGAGCAGUUUUAUUCUCAACUAGGAACACAUUCCAGCAAAGAAGAUACCAUAAUCAAAGAACUCCUUGAUAAUAUAGAAAAAUUAAGAGUGGAAUUUGAAGCAAUAGAGAGACCGACUUUAGAGUUGGAAACACCAGAAGAGGCAGAAAGUACCGUCAACGAAGCAGAAACUCUAGCCCACGAAAAAGAUAAUUUAUCUGCUGAGAAUCUGGAAGGGAAUCAUUCAACGACAAUGGAGGCUGCAAAGUCACCUAAAAGUAAGAAAAAUGAACACUCAGACUCGCCUUCAACAAAGUCGGAGCAAGUUCUGGAUGCAGAGGCGGAAUUAGCCAAAUUAGAGUCCGAGUUUGGAAAAGAUUACUCAGCAGACGAAGUCAAUGACUGGGAACUUGACGAGCUUGAAAGGGAACUGAGAUCUGGUGAUACGACAAGUAGCAAAUAAAUCAAUAAAGUGGAGUUUAUAUUGAUAAUGUAUUCAGCUGUCAUAAACUUAGUACAAUUAGAGAGACUACUUGAGGUCCUAUGUUGUUGCAGACUCUGUUCUCUGUAACAACAGAUGGACAUGUUCUGUGCAUGAUUCCGAUAACGUUGUUGUUACAUUUCACCGUGUUGUAUAUCCGUAGAAGUUGUACAAGAUGCUACUGAUUCCGAAACUUAAUUAUGGACUCUUGUAAAUUUUAUUAGUAAAAAUGCCGUGAUGAUACAAGUGAUUUCGCUGAUUUA